GAUUUUUAUCUUAGUGAUCCAAAAAUUCCAAAUCAUAAAGUUGCGGUUUUUCACUUAUCCCUACCGCAAACAACACUAAACUAAACCCAGAUUCUCCCCACAACCCUCACUCACUCCCUCCGCCACAACCCACUUCAAUUUCCCCCAAAUUUCAAACUCCUUUCACUUCCCCAAUUCACCAUCACCACCAUUCAUUCCUCUUUUUCCUUGAUUUUCAGGUUUCAUAGCUUCACAAAUGGAGAAUCUUAAUUUAGCCCUUGUUUCUUCCCCUAAACCUUUGCUUCUAGGACAUUCUUCCUCAAGAGACCUCUUCACAAGAAGAAAGCCUUUCACUUUUGGGAGGUUCUCCGUUUCUGCUAAAUCUUCCUCCUCUCAUGUUAUCAGGGCUGCUCCUAAAUCUGUGCAGGGGAAGCUGAUUGUGCAUAAUUUUGCUAGCAUUUCUUCUUCAACUACUCAAGAAACAACAUCAGUUGGAGUUAACCCCCAGUUAUCACCACCUCCACCUUCGACUGUAGGGUCACCGCUCUUUUGGAUUGGCGUUGGUGUUGGGUUUUCUGCACUAUUUUCAGUGGUAUCUUCAAGAAUAAAGAAAUAUGCAAUGCAACAAGCUUUCAAAACCAUGAUGGGCCAGAUGAAUACACAAAAUAAUCCAUUUGACAGUAGUGCCUUUUCCCCUGGAUCUCCUUUCCCCUUUCCAAUGCCUUCACCACCAGGGCCUGCUGCACCUGCCAGCUCUGCAGGUAAUCAAUCUCAAGCAACUUCCGCCCGACCUGCAUCUCAAUAUACGGUCACAGUAGACACAAAAACAAAAGUAGAAGCAGCCCCAGGCCCACACAUCAAUGUUAAAGAUAAAGUGGAAGGAAAGAAGGAACCCAAAAAACCUGCUUUUGUAGAUGUGUCCCCAGAAGAAACUGUGCAGAAGAAUGAAUUUGAAAGAUUUAAAGAUGUUGAUGACUCAAGUUCAUUCAAGGAAGCCCGGGCUCCAGCAGAAGCUUUUCAAAAUGGAGCUCCCUCUAACCAAGGUUUCGGCAAUGCGCCAGGUUCUCAGUCUGCAGAAAAAUCAGUCUUAUCGGUGGAUGCUUUGGAGAAAAUGAUGGAAGAUCCAACAGUGCAGAAGAUGGUUUAUCCCUAUUUACCUGAGGAGAUGAGGAACCCUUCUACCUUCAAAUGGAUGCUGCAGAAUCCUGAGUACCGUCAACAACUUGAACAAAUGCUAAACAACAUGGGUGGAGGCACUGAAUGGGACAGUCGAAUGAUGGACACCUUAAAGAAUUUUGACCUUAAUAGUCCUGAUGUUAAACAACAAUUUGAUCAAAUUGGGCUUUCUCCAGAAGAAGUCAUUUCAAAGAUUAUGGCCAAUCCGGAUGUUGCGUUGGCUUUUCAAAAUCCUAGAGUUCAAGCAGCUAUAAUGGAUUGUUCACAGAAUCCACUGAAUAUUGCUAAAUAUCAAAAUGAUAAGGAGGUCAUGGACGUCUUCAAUAAAAUAUCGGAACUCUUCCCAGGGGUUUCAGGCCCCCCUUGAUUCAUUAUUUUGUUGGUCAGAGUUAUCUACGCCUUUCCUGAUGAGCAGAGAGAUUAGCUAGAUACUGCAGGCUCACAGUUCCAAUUCCAUUGUGAUAUACAGAUAAUAAUAACUGUGGCUUGGUCUAAAUUGUUGCCAUAGUUGAAUUUUUGUUUUGCCAAAAUAGUUGAGAUUGUAUAUUGUUACUUUAAAUUCUUAUUUUUGAGGCAUUGUAUCUGUAGUAUGAUUUUCUUCUCUACUUGUGGGUGUUCCAAGACUUAGCUAAUUUGAACUUCAAUUUUACACUACCUGAAAAGACAAGUGUAAACGCUUCACAUAA